GAUGGCAGUACGUACUUGACGAUUAACAAAUAAAGAGCUAUCGUAACCAACGUCCACGAAUUACUAUUUAUUAUUAACGCCUCUACCCUCGGCUAACAUUACGCAACCGAAAUACAUUACAGAAUAUUGCCACAUUUAGUAGAUAGGGGUGCGUUUUCAUUUUGCUUUUUCAUAAUAGGAUUCUAGGAACCAAGUUCAACGAGGCCCUUUCACUUAUUCGAUUGUAUCGUACUGAAUGCGUAUUAUUGCCGUAUUCAAUAAACGCAAACAUGCUGAACUGCAGUCUCCCUCUGCCCCUGCCGUGAUAAGGAUAACAAUUUUGCCUUCACACAAAAGUAUUGGUAAAAUCACAGAUAAAAUACCCAUUUAUCUGUGGCAAAAUUAAAAUUAGGUACCUACAUAUUUUAUAUUGAUAAUGAUAGGUACCUGAUGUAAGUGAAAAAGGGCGGUUAUUUGGGUACGUGAACCAAACAUUCGAAAAUGGAGUUUCUAAAACCGGGGGAAGUAUCACAAUGUUUAUACAAUCAAAAUGAUAAACAAAGUCCACAUCCCAAACUUAAUAAGAAGCCUUUCCAGAAGAUUAUACCAAAUAUUCUUCAUGCUAUUGGUAACACCCCGAUGAUUAGAUUGAACCAUAUACCGCAAUCAUUUGGUAUUAAAUGUGAAAUUUUUGCCAAGUGUGAGUUUUUCAAUCCUGGAGGUUCAGUAAAGGAUAGAAUUGCAAUUGCAAUGAUUGAAGACGCGGAAAGCAGAGGACUGCUUAAAUCAACCAGUACGAUAAUAGAACCAACUUCAGGAAAUGCGGGUAUUGGGUUGGCGGUAGCUUGUGCUGUCAAAGGCUAUAAAUGCAUUUGCGUCAUGCCAGACAAAACCUCCAUGGAAAAAGAAAACAUACUAACAUCCUUAGGUGCAAAAGUGAUUCGAACCCCAGACACUUCGGUGGACGACCCAGACGGUGUUUUCCAUAUUUCCAGAAAACUGGCAGCUUCUAUACCUGAUUCAAUUAUCCUUCAGCAAUUUAAAAAUCCCAUAAAUCCUUUGGCGCAUUACCACAUAACCGCCAUGGAAAUAUUUGACCAAUGCGAUGGCGAAAUCGACAUGAUCGUUAUUGGUGUAGGAUCAGGGGGUACGAUGACUGGAGUUGGACGAAAAAUUAAAGAGUUACUCCCUAACUGUACUAUUGUCGGCGUGGAUCCCGUCGGCUCAUUUAUCGCCGAACCACCUAUUUUAAACGAAACAACAUUAAAGUACACCGAGGUUGAGGGAAUAGGUCACGAUUAUUAUCCCAAAACUCUGGAUAAAUCGGUGGUGGACUACUGGAUUAAAGUUACAGAUAAAGAAUCGCUACAUAUGGCUCGAAAAUUACAUAGGGAGGAAGGAAUCUUGUGUGGAUCUAGUACCGGUUCUUUAAUGAGUGGAGCAUUGGAAGCGGCUCGGAAUUUGAAAGAGGGACAGAAGUGCGUUGUAAUGUUUCCUGAUGGUGUUGGCAACUACUUGACUAAGUUCGUGUCUGAUUAUUGGAUGGAGUCAAAAGACUUCCUACCUCGUCCAAACAUUUUUAAACAUUGGUGGUGGGAUAUUACAGUAUCAAAUUUAUCUCUAGCGAGAACUGAGACCAUCUCUUUAAACAUGACUUGUGGUGAACUAUCUAGUAUGUUGUACUCUCAAGGAGUGGAUGUACUUCCUUGCGUUGACCAAAACAGAAUACUUCAAGGGAUCAUAUAUGCAAAAGAUGUAACGUGUAAACUACUUAACGCUUCUAUCACUUUGGGUGAUCCAGUCCGAAGGGUCCUUUCUCAAAAGUACAGAAAAAUAACGGUCAAUUCAUCUUUAGGGGAAUUAUCGCAUAUACUUGAGAGAGAAUUAGUCGCCGUUAUUGUAGAAGAAAACGAGCCAUCACAACCAAUCAUUUUUAAAGGAUUCGUUUUUGCAAGUAAUCUGGUGCAGUAUAUAACGGAAAAUAGCAUCGAAUAAGUAUUACGCCAUUCUUUUUCAUCUGCCUGAAUGUUCAACAGAGAUAAAAGUUUAAAAUAAACUAAAAUUGGUCUCUA